AUAAAACAGCCGUUAACGAUGUAAUAAGAUUCAAUUUUGAUACAAAAAUGUGAUAUUAUUUAAACUUGUAAAAUCUAUGAUAUGUGUUAUGAUUGUACUGAUUACGGUAGAGAAAGUUUUUAACUUGGUAGACAGGUAUACAAGUAUUAUACGGUGUAGUACUGGCGAACGUUUUGCUCGCUCCGCUAGACUUGCUACUAUCAUAGUGUGGCAAAAACCACCUUCCAUCAGUAAAAUUGUGCCAUACUGGUAUCAUAGUAGUAAGCUCGUGCGGAUAUUUCUUUAAUUGGAUUAUUGAUAUAUAGAGAAGCGGAAUAUAUCUAUAUUAAAGGCAUAUAUUGCUUUCUGAGUUCAUAGAAUAUAAAAGCGAUACUUGUUUUGUUGAUUACAUUUGCCUUUACAUUUUAAGUGAUGGAUUGCACAUAAGGCAAAUUAAUUUGAAAUUAUGGAAUUAAAAUAAAUAUUUUGUGGAUUUUGUUUUUCAAAUGCUGAUUCUACAAAAUUAAUUGGAGAGCGCUAAGUACACAAUUUUAUCUUGUUGGAGUAGAUAUGAUAUUUUAGGAGAUGAAUUUCCGAAAUUUGAUGGACAAUAAUGUGGCGACGCUUCCCUGACAGCACCGGAUGUACAGUUCUGCUCAUAAGAGUGUUCUUGUGGAUUUUCAUAGCUAAAUAUAGUAACAACCAGGAGCUUCCAACGCGAGACACGGACUAUGCGUUCGGAAUCAACCAAAGGAAUUUGUUUUAUGAUAAUAACAGAAUUCCCGACGGCAUAGAAGUUUCCCCGUACCUGUUUCUCAAUACUACUAAAAAAUUUUUCUUCCUUCUUGAAUCGAAAAUAGACCGGCUGGAAAUAACAGUGUCACCUUGUGCGUCACCAAUCAUUUGGCAAGUUACGUACAAACAAAGAAAAGAUUCUACGCAAUACGAGUUUGGCAACCGUGUUGAGAGCUCCGUGGUAGGAUUCCAUCCUGUCAUCAAUACGAAAGAUACUCUGUAUACAUUAUCAGGCGAGGUCGCCGAAACUUUACGAAUCGACUCCCCCGAUGAGGGGAUCUACACGGUAGACAUAACAUCAAUCAAAACUGAGAGUUAUGUGAAAGUAUUUGCCACCACUUCGCCAGACGUUGACAGGUUCCCAGAACUACCGCAAGACAGCCAUGUUAGAGAAAUAGAAAAAAGUGCCAAAAGUUUCACAGUUGUCUGGAAUGCUAGCCCUGAUGAAAGACAUUUUGGAAAAGAUAUUGAAUAUUGCGUUGCUGUGAAUAGGAAAAGAAGUUACAAAACACUUUGUUCUGUGUUGUCUCAUUUGCAUGGAGAUCCGAAGCCAACGUUACCUCCUAACUUCGGGUUCGGAUUUUCUACUGAUGUGUUUAGGAAAAAACUUGUUAGGCAGACGGCAAAGCCAAUCAAACCAGCCAAAAAGGGUUCAAUAUAUUUUCAGUGUGUCGGUCGUGAUAGAAAAUUUACUUACGAUAAGAUUCGAGGCCGAAAAGGGUAUUUUGUGGACGUCUAUGUUAAAAAUAACCAAUCCGGCAAAUCCAGACAAUACCAUGGAGUGUUUAUCAAAACAAAACAAAAACGAAAACGAAAGUUUUCAAGACUUAAAGAAGGAAAGAUUACAAGUGCUAACUUUUCUCGUAAGAAGAAAAAACAUACCUAUUCCUUUAAAAUAAAACGGUCGACAAGAGAUGUCCAUCUUGCAAUUAGUACCUGUGUUGGGACAACUUUAGUAGAGGUUAUGUCUAAAAAUGGCACUUUCCACAAAUCUAGAAUAAAAUCUUCGCAAGUUUUGUCAUUAAAAAACUUGCAGUCAGGAAUGUAUUCUGUAGCAUUAUCAAAGUCUGUCUCCAAGAGACAAACUGUGUACAUUUCAAUGACCUCAAAGAUUAAGGCGAAGAAAAUGCCUGUGUUGCCUGAUGAUACAACGGUGAAAGUAUUUGACUAUCUUACAACCUGUAAUAGUAUAACCGUUGCCUGGAUGGGAACGGAAAAGAAACAAAAGUAUUGUUUAUAUAAAACUGAGUUAUCUUCAUCGCCUGAUAAUUCAACUUCCAUUUCAAAGAAACUAAAUCAGUGUGAUGCGUUUGAUAGACACCAAAAUGGUGCACAGAAAAUUACGUGCAAAAAAUUUAGGUAUCGCAAAAAGGAAAAAUCUGUUCUAGCAAUAACAGUUACUGGCUUGAAACCAGACACUUCAUAUAUAUUCGAUGUAUUUGUAAAUAAAGGAAAUUAUUUUUCAUUUCCAUACAAUAGUGUACGGACGAAAACUAGCACAGAUUGCUACCUUCCGACAUGAGGUGGUAAAUUAAAUUAUCGGGGGAGAAAGGUAUAUCAUUGGGAACGGCGGGAGAUGUGAUUAAGUUAUUUUUGUGCCAAGAAAGUAUUAAUGGCGGCGUCUCAGUCGUAAUCACGUGUCUGAUGGAUUCGAAAUACACAUAUAUACUGUUUCUAGCCUACGGGAGAGCUCCGUAUCAAUGGAGCAUAUGGAUAUCGUAACAAUUUCACCGGAGAAUUCUUGCAGGAAAGCUUAGAAACAAGAAGAAAACCUCGAAAGUUUGUAAAAGAUUGUUUAAUGAAAGGUUGACUGAGGCGAAUCUUGAAAACACACUAAGAUGGUUUUAGAAGUGAUCAUGAUAAGAAAGUCGUUGUAAAAUACCAUCUAUUCAUAUCUUACUUGUUGAUAUACACGUACAGUAUCAAUACACGUACAGUAUCAGUGCAUUUGUAAUCACAAAUAAUGUAUAACCAGCAAAUAAAUAUCGGAGAAAGGAGUUUCAAAAACGAUAUUGUUUCAUUUUAACACUCUUACCGAUGAAAGAACUUCGCCACAGCUGUAUUUGAAAACUGUGUUCAGACGUUCCUUGUUAAAUACAUUUAUAGUACAAUAGUUUGAACUUGUCCAGUCUAUUUAUUGUUUACCUGUUCAACAAGCUUCAAGCUUCGUUAUGACUUUUAAAAGUUUUAAAGAAAAGAAUAUAUUCAUAAAAAUAUGAAAAUAUUAAUAUAAAAAUAUUAUUUCACAUUUAUUUCAGAACAGAUCACCGGAGAAAAUCGUAAUGAAAUAAGUCAGUGCUAUGGAUAUUUUUGUGCGACUAUAAAACUUUAAUCGCUAUGAAGAUUUCACAAAUAUUUAGUAUUUCUUCAGCAAACUAAGCACAGAAAUAAUGAAUUAUUCAGUAAUAUAUAUUUUUCUCUAACUGGAAUUAGGAGCAUCAUAAUGUUACGUGAUUCAAAUAUUUCAAGAAAGCAUGAAAAAUACCACUACGUUCUUUUUCUAUUUCAUAUGACAGGAAUCUGAUCACCAAUACUGUAUAUCGGUACUUGACAGUGUAAUUACUCUUUUCUCUUACGUUUUGAUACACUAUUGUAAAGGUAUAUUGCAAAAUAAAUUAUCUUUACGGUAAAGAAAUGGUACGAAAAUAGUAAAGGGAAUCCGAAUGAUAUAGAAUGUAGUUCUUAGAACACAAUCGUCUGAAUAGUUCAGACUGGAGUGUCAAUAAUCAAAAUACAAUUACAAUCAAACAGUUUAUCAGUAACUUAUGUAACGAAAAUAAUUGUGUUUAUAAAAUUCCGUAAGAAUUAUAUGGUAUAAAUGCUGUAUAAAAUAAAAAGAAAAAGCAAAACCAUAUUGUUCACACAACAGACACAUUGUUACUUCAUGCAUCCGUUUUGUAUUAAAAUUAAGGACUGGAUCGCUGGCCUGACAGAUUAAUUCUACGGUUAUUCCCAGUUGAACAUAUGUAUUAAUUUGUAAAUUUUAAGGUCAGUAAAAUGAUUUUAAUCAAAUUUUGUAUUUAAUUUUAUCAUUAUAUUAUGUAAUUCCGUAUAAAUUAUUUCAUUGUUAAUACUAUGUUUUGUCUGAAUGAAUAUUUUAUUGAAAAUGUUGUAAAUAAAAUGAAUAAAAGAUUA